UACAUCGCCAUCUAUUAUCGAACUUCCAACCUUGAUUAUUAGGACCAGUUACUGGCACAUGUCCCCCAUUGGGGAUACAGCCAUAAGGAAAAGGAAGGAAGGAAGUCUAACGAAAAGGAAGUGUCAAAAUCCGGGAUACUUCAAAUGUGUUAACGCGUAAAAGCAAUUAUUUCUGUUUAUGAAGUAAAAAUCAUAUGACCUUACUCCAUUUUAAUUGUUACUUUCUCCAAUUUAAUAAAUCGUACAAUCAAUUUAAUAGAGAAAAACGAAUAGUCAAUCCAUUUUACAUUUGACCAGAGGUGUAUCUCUUUGCUACUUGCUUCCUUUCAUGCGUGUUCUAUGUAUUAUAGGAGCUGUAUUGUAUCUUUCUUGGAGCAUACAUUUUUCCGAACUAUAGAGAUUUACCUACGGAAAAAUGUCUGAAACUAUUAAUGAGCCUGAGCCUGAGGUUCAUUCGUGCGAUAUUCCAGAAUUACGUUUGUCACGUUACCUUUACAUUGGUAAAGAAUAUCUUAACUAUCAAUCUGGAAACUGGUUUGCUCACAAUUAUUAUGAAGUUAAUAAAGUGCCAUCUAUAAUAGAAUUGGCUAUGUCAAAGAAAAAACAUGAAUAUGUAGUGGAAUUAAUACAAAAGGCAUUUCAGAGUAACCUGGUACCAAAUCCUGAGACAUUGGUAUUUGCAUUGGCUGUGUGUGUUAAGCAGGACAAGUGUGAAUCUCUACGAACUAAAGCAUAUAAUCUAGUAUCAUACAUUUGCGCAAAACCACAACACUUUUUUCUUUUUAUUAAAUUUGUAUCUGAAUUGAGUAAAACAGAACUAAAAAAAAGUGGUGGCUGGGGUCACGGUUUAAAAAACGCUGUAUGUAAAUGGUACACAAAAACAAAUUCUUUAGACCUUGCUGAGAAAGUGACACAAUACAGAGGCAAAUAUGGUUGGACACAUAAAGAUAUUAUUAAACUAUCCCAUAUCAGGCCAACGACGGCCGUUGGAUUCAAUUUUAUUCUAAAGUACAUAAUGUAUGGCUUAGAAACAGCCAAGAAAGAAGCUAGUUGCCAAACAAAAAAUAAAGUCCCAACAUUUACCUGCGUGCAAAGUAUCUUGGAAUAUAUUGAAGAUGUUGAAGCUUUUAAGCACUGUGAAGAUGAACAUUGUGCAGCUGCCCUUAUAGAAAAACAAAAAUUGCAGCUAGAGCAUGUACCAAGUCAUCUAAUAAAAUCUGAAGAGGUUUGGAAUUCAUUGAUACCAUUAAUGGAUCUUUCCACGCUUCUGAAUAACUUACAAAGAAUUCAUAACAUGAAGAUGCUCAAACCCAAUUCUCUGACAGUUGCAAAGAUCAUCGAUGAGAUUACGAACGAGGAAAACAUUAAGAAAGCCAAAAUUCAUCCUAUUGCAGUUCUAAUCGCACUGCGGAACUAUGAAAGUUCUGGAAGGCCUUUGUCCUAUGAAAAGCGAAAAGUUCGCGAAGAGGCAAAGAAGCCACUUCCACCACCACCGAAACCAAAUCAGACAAUUGUUGAAGCCUUAAACAAAAUGCUGAAUCUCUCAUGGGCGAAUGUUAAUAAUUCGACCAAACGCUAUAUGAUUACGAUAAACGUAAGUAAGUCCAUGCUGGAGAACAAAACAUGGCAUAAUGGGAACAUCAAUCCUGUGGAGGCAGGUUGCAUAAUUGCCCUGUCCCUCUCGCGUUCCUCUCCUUCUGUGGUUAUAGCGACAUACAAUAACAACACUGUCCAAGAAGUAGAUAUUCCAAAAACUGCCACACUGCCCGACGUCAUGAAACUGUUAGUAGAAGCGCAACAUGGUAACGUGCGACUGAGCUCACCGAUAACGUGGGCGAUGUCGCAGAAGAGAGAAAUCGACGUUUUUAUCAAUGUAGUAGAACAAAUUGAUCCGAAAGUCGAACCUCAAGAAUCUUAUAAUAGUCGAAACGCCAUUGAAGAUUACAGAAAUGAGAUGUCCAUCUCUAAUGCAAAAUUAAUUAAUUGCGCGAUGUGCUCGCCAAAGGUACCGCGACAUAAGCAUGAAGAUCCGAAUAUCCUGACAACCUGUGGAUUCGACAUCGGCGUUCCUAUGGUCAUCGAAGCCUUCGUCGAGUCCCUAUUUUAAUUGGAUCAUGAAAUCGUGAGUGUUUUUCGCGCAAUCAUAAUACGCAAUCUUGAAAAUUAGGUCACUAUAAAAUAGCCUUUACUGGAAAGUUGAAAGAAAAAGCACAUUUGCAAUUGUUUUAACAAAGUAAAAAAAAGAGCAAAUAACAAAACUGACAAAAAACUUUCCUUCAGCAUCGAGGAAGAAAAUCGAUGUAUAGAUUAACCAUUUUUUUAACCUAUGCUUUAUCUUCCCAUACCGGGAAGCGAGAUGUGCGUUUCGUAAAAAGAAAAGAAACUAAAAGACUUUUUGAGGAAUUUCAAUGCGUCCGAGCCGCAGUAGCGUAUAACAAAUAAUAUAGCUAACAAUUGAAUCGUCAGAGAACAUUUUUUUUACAAAGAAUACCAUAUGGCCAUAUACAUAGAAUGAUUUUGAAUGAAAAAAUAGAAAAAGUGAAAAAAAUACUAAUUCAUGACUCCUGAUAAUUCGCGUGUCGACGGUACUCUGCGUACUUUAAUUUUAAUUUAAGAGAGCCGUCUUUAUGUUCAAAUAGACGGUAAAAUCCAUUGCGCAAGUAUCAAUUUUGAUUGUGCAGUAUAAAAAACUGUGAUUGACGUGUAGCAGUAUUUGAUAUAGUUUUUCCUCCCGGCAAUAUUGAUAAAUGCCUUCUAAAGAUAACACACGCAGACACGCGUCGACAGCCGCUGAUAGGAUGACAUAUAAUUAUUAAAUUAUAAAACUGAUUAAUAAUAGUCAAGAUUAUUAUUAUCGUAAUUACUAUUUACAUAUAUUAUAUACACAUGAUAUACUUAUUAACUAUUUACUGCAUGUUCACUAGUAUCUAGAGCAAGCUACAUAGGGCUUCUUAAUUGCUUCUGGAGCAAGAAAAAGAAAACAGAAUAAUCGAAGGUUUGAUCCAAGACACAGUAUAAUAUAACCGACAUUCCUUCCAUCGAUGGGAAUUCUGGUGACGGUUAUAGUUAGAUUAAUAGUAUCCUCUAUCCGAAGUAGCCUAAGGUGGUGCAUUUUUUAACUAAUUUUAAAAGCAAACUUUAACUUAAUUGCUUGCUUAUUUUCACGGGAUGAUGGUUAUUAAAGCUUUUUGCGAUAACUUUUAUAAUAUAUAGACUUAAACAAAAGAAAAGUAAAAAAAAGAAUCGUGAGCAUUAAAACGAUAACCGUUUUGAGGAUCCGCGCGCCCCUGUGCGACUCACAUAAUAAUUGAAAUAAAAUGAACAAAAAAAAAUACGAGAACUAGGAGCCAGAGCGAGAGAAAGACAGAGAGAGAGUCAGAAAACAAAGAGAGAGAAACAUAGAACGUUGAAAAUUCUCACACUGUGAUAUGCAUUUAGCCCCAAAGAGUUAUAAGCUUACAUUGUUUAGUAUAAUUUUACUGUUAUAUUUCAUAUUUGCCAUAUCCGAAGGGAAAACGACAAAUACACUACUGACAUAAAUACUGUGAUACAAAAUGCAUUGUUAUUAUUGAAGCUAGAGAAAAAUUAUAGUUAAAAAGGAGAAAAGCGAAAACGAAUUGCAGGGGCGCUACCGCGGAUCCGUAGGACUUGUUAAUUAGUGUCGAUAUUCAAUUAGCUAAUGAACUUUUGUUGAGACGUACAUCAGUAUCCGAUGGUAUACAUAUAUAUAUAUAGACACUUAUAUACCGCGUACUUCGUUUUCUCUCGUUUCUACGCGAUGCUCCUAUUGUCAUCGCUCUUUAUUUUUUUCAUUAAAAGCGUGCGACUAUGGGACGAAUUCUAUAGAAAUUAUUUAGAAAUGGCGCUGUUAUACUUUUAAAUGAUUAUCCAUGGACCGAAUACAUACUCUAACUUCUCUUAUUGUGUCUUUUAGUCGUUGAUUAGAAUUUUAAUUAUAACAAAUGACUGCGUUUCACGCGGAUGUAGCUACAAUAGAGAUGAGUUUUACUGACCAAUGUAUUAUUCCGCUGGAUAUUUUUGUAUUGCUGUAAAGUACUGAAAACUAAAGUACAGAUUUUAUUUCCUAAUAUUAUUUGUCAAAUGAGGCCUUUCGUGGGAUCCGCAUCUCGAUUAUAAUCUUAUUGGACUAAUGGUAUUUAUCUUUCAAUAAUUGUUAAACGAAAAUUGCUAGUUAUCCUUAACGACGAAGCGUCUUCAUUUAUUAUUUAUACUUGGCCGAUUAUAAUUUUUAUUUUGAUUUUUGUGCACGGAUAUAAUUUUUUUAAUAUAAGUUUCGAACUGCGUUCCGUUAAAAUUUGCUAGAUUAAUUCGCCUGCUCGAGGUCUAGAUAAUUAUCAUUCUAUUUGGUGUUCGUUUGUAAGUCAAUCUUUUGGAAAAUAUAAAUAAAUAUUAUUUUUUAAUAAGAUCGAGAAACAAGUAAACGAGAUUUCAAGUAAAAUUAUUGUACUCGGUAGCAGCUAUAUACAUAUAUAUAUUUCUUGUUCUUUUUUAGUGCAAAGCUAAACAACUAUUACGCUACGUAUAUAUUUUUAGCAUAGAUAUGUAAUGUAUGUAUAACAAUGUAGUGUAAUUGUGCAAUCGGCGUGCAUGGAGGCGAAAGAGCUACAGUGAUUUUUAUUCAAUUGUGUCCAAUCCCUUAUUUAUUAGUUCAAGUUCGACUUGCGCCCUCGUUACAAAGUCCUAUUUAAAUUUACUCAACCCUUAUAGUCACGAAGGAAAAAGAAUUACUGAAAUAAUUUUGUUAUUCGUAAAAAGUCUUUCGACCACCAAGCACGUACGAGAGACUAUGUUUAUUCGUACGAUAAGAGUACUAAAAGUGUUAGAACCAAGAGUAAGUAGGAAGAACGAUUGCGAGAACUGUCCAAGAAAAUAAAAAUAACAGUACGACAAAGAAUAAGAAAAAAAAAGAAGAAGAAG